AUGGCUUCCGUCAGGCAAUUCCCCACCAUCAAGAGCGUGCGGUCCUUCGUGAUCGGUGGCGUCGGCUCAGGCGGCGACUAUCACAAUGUGAACGGCGGCCACUGGCUGAUUGAUUCCCCGAUCUCAACCCCUUGCUCGAGGUGGGAGAAGUACAGGGCCAAGGUUAACACAUACGCAACCCGGCAGUCUUCCCGCACGAGCUGGGGCAUCAACGUUCUCGGCUCCUUUCUCGUCGAGAUCGAGUCUACCGAUGGCACCGUCGGCUUCGCAACCGGCUUUGGAGGUCCUCCGGCUUGCUGGCUGGUCCACCAGCACUUUGAGCGGUUCCUUGUCGGAGCCGAUCCCAGAAACACCAACCAUCUGUUUGAGCAAAUGUACCGCGCCUCCAUGUUCUACGGCCGCAAGGGACUGCCCAUCGCCGUCAUCUCGGUCAUCGACCUGGCCAUCUGGGACCUGCUGGGCAAGCUGCGCAACGAGCCCGUGUACAAGCUGAUCGGCGGUGCCACCAAGGAGCGCCUCGACUUUUACUGCACGGGCCCCGAGCCCACGGCGGCCAAGGCCAUGGGCUUCUGGGGCGCCAAGGUCCCGCUGCCCUACUGCCCGGACGAGGGUCACGCCGGGCUCAAGAAGAACGUCGAGUUUCUGCGAAAGCACCGCGAGGCGGUCGGCCCAGACUUCCCCAUCAUGGUCGACUGCUACAUGUCGCUCAACGUGUCGUACACCAUCGAGCUGGCCAAGGCGUGCCUGGACCUAGACAUCAACUGGUGGGAGGAGUGCCUGUCACCCGACGACACCGACGGCUUCGCGCUGAUCAAGCGGGCGCACCCGCAGCUCAAGUUCACCACAGGCGAGCACGAGUACUCGCGGUUCGGCUUCCGCAAGCUCAUCGAGGGCCGCAACCUUGACAUCAUCCAGCCCGACGUCAUGUGGCUCGGAGGCAUGACGGAGCUGCUCAAGGUGUCGGCCAUGGCGGCGGCCUAUGACAUCCCCGUCGUGCCGCACGCCAGCGGGCCGUACAGCUACCACUUUGUCAUCUCGCAGCCCAACACGCCCUUCCAGGAGUACCUGGCCAACUCGCCCGACGGCAAGAGCGUGCUGCCCGUGUUUGGCGACCUCUUCCUCGACGAGCCCAUCCCGACCAAGGGCUUCCUGACCACGGCAGACCUGGACAAGCCAGGUUUCGGCCUGACGCUGAACCCCGCAGCCCGGAGCAAGCUGAUACCAGCCGACUACCUCCUGAACCCGCCACCGAUGAAGUCCCUCAGCACGCAAGACGGCGCCGCCAAGACCGAGGAGAAGGACACCAAGACCAACGGUGUUGUCCACGAUCUGGUAGAGAAGGUGCAGCAAUUGGGCGCCUAA